GCUUCAUGCCAAGUGGAGUGAGUUCCAUGUCCAUACGUUCAGUGAUCUUUGCAGCCAGAAUGGUGUCUCCACUCCUCGUCCACUUCAAGAGAGAUGCAGAAGCGUUCUUCAGGCCAAAACUCAGCAAUGUGGAUGUCCUUGCCUUACAGCUGGAGAAAUACAUCCGUGUCACUCAGCAGAUCUGCGAAAAGAUGGAGAAAAAAGCCAAGUACAUGUCAGGAUCUGUUCGUAAAUGGAAAAAUUGGAGAUCUUCACUGAAAUUUAACCUGAACGUGAGUGAGGAGUCUGUGCAGGAACGGCAUGAACAUUUACUCCAGCUUACCAAAAUCAGGAUGGAUGAGUCUUUCAGGAUGAUCUUUCUAUUUGGUGUGAAGGCACAAGACUUCAUUAAAUUAUUCAAUAAGCAUCGUUCCAGGAUGUUUCAGUUCCUGUCUGAUUUAGAGGAAACUACAGUUCAGCUGGACAAGAUGAAGAAGGGCUCCGACAUCUCUAGUGUUGCUGGAAGUUCAGUCGGUAUUGCUGGUGGAUUGUGCUCCAUUGCAGGUUUAGCUCUCGCUCCCUUUACUGCAGGUUUAUCUCUGGGCCUCAUUUUCACAGGUGUUGGUCUCGGAGUCACCAGCGGUGUUACCGGCGUCGUUACAGGCGUCACAGAAAUAGCAGUCAACAGUCAUCACGGAAAAAAAGCCAAUGACAUCUUCAAAAGUUUUAUGGAAGAUGUGCAGAAGAUCCUGGAUUGUGUGGAAGAUGUGUGCAGCAGGAAGGUUCUUCAUGCUUGUGAUGAUGCAGAAGCCAAACAAUUUGAUGCUAUUGGGGAUGCAGAUUUAAUUAAAAAUAAUAUCAGUGUUGAGGGAGCUGUUUCAAAUGUAAAAACCCUGGAAACUACUACGACACGUACAUAUAAAGUGGGCUCGAUUGUUGACAAUCUUCUUGACAUCGGCCAACUGGCUAAAGGAUCUUCUCUGGCCAUUUCAAAAUCUGCCAGGGCGGGGCUUAUCGGCCUAAACACCCUCUUUAUUGGUUUAGAUGUUUUUUACAUCUGUAAAGACGGUAUGAAUCUGGCCAAAGGGAGUGAAAAUAAAGUGGCUCAGAUCAUUCGCCCCAGAGCAGCUCUGUGGCGCUCAGAGGUGGAGGCGUGGGAGAAGAUCUAUAACCAUCUGUGUGAAGGAAUGUUAGGAUUUUACAAGAAUCAGGAAAUUCUAAAUAAGACUUUUUACAUUUAGAGAAUAAAUCUGAGCCCAAUGCUGACCUGGCAGUGAGAAUUCAUAUGAUAUUCAGAUAUUCAUUGAUUGAUUGUCUCUGCAGUGCGGUUUCAAUGCAAUGCUUUUUCUUAACUCAAGUCAAGUCAAGUUGGCUUUUAUUGUCAUAAACAGUUCAGUACACAGUGACACAAAACAAUGUUGCUUCAGGACCAAGGU